AUGAGGCCGCCGGAGGUGGCGGUGGCCGUCGCCGCGGCCGUCGCGGUGGCGGCGCUCCUCGUGCCCGCGGCGGCGUCGGUUCCGUUGCUGCCGGCGGCGCUGGCGUUGCAGCGGGCGGUGCCUCACAAGGGGGUCGCCCUGGAGGAGCUGAGGCGGAGGGACUGGGCGCGGCACCGGAGCUCCAGGAGGGGGCUGCUCGGGGGCGUCGCCGGCGUGGUGGACUUCCCCGUCGAGGGCUCCGCCAACCCGUUCAUGGUCGGGCUCUACUUUACCCGUGUGAAAUUGGGAAACCCGGCAAAGGAAUUCUUUGUCCAGAUUGACACUGGCAGUGAUAUACUGUGGGUAACUUGCAGUCCUUGUACUGGUUGCCCGACGUCAAGUGGACUCAAUAUCCAGUUGGAGUCCUUCAGCCCUGACACUUCAUCAACAUCAUCCAGAAUAACAUGCUCUGAUGAUAGAUGUACAGCUGCACUCCACACAGGGGAAGCAGUCUGCCAAACCUCGGAUUCCCCAAGCAGCCCUUGUGGGUACACUUUCACCUAUGGUGAUGGAAGUGGGACAUCAGGGUACUAUGUGUCUGACACGAUGUAUUUUGAUACUGUCAUGGGAAAUGAGCAGACUGCCAAUUCGUCUGCUUCAAUUGUUUUCGGAUGUAGCAACUCACAGUCAGGAGACCUGACGAAGGCAGAUAGAGCAGUUGAUGGGAUUUUUGGGUUUGGACAGCAUCAGUUGUCUGUAGUCUCACAACUGAAUUCACUUGGAGUUUCCCCUAGGGUGUUUUCUCAUUGCCUGAAAGGUUCUGACAACGGUGGUGGCAUUCUUGUGCUUGGUGAAAUUGUGGAGCCAGGCUUAGUCUAUACCCCACUGGUUCCAUCACAGCCUCAUUACAACUUGAAUCUGGAAAGCAUUGCUGUCAAUGGUCAAAAGCUACCCAUUGAUUCAUCCUUGUUUACAACGUCAAAUACACAAGGAACAAUUGUGGAUUCAGGAACAACAUUGGCAUACCUUGCAGAUGGAGCCUAUGAUCCAUUUGUUACUUCGAUAGCUGCUGCAGUCUCUCCAUCUGUACGCUCUCUUGUCAGCAAAGGGAACCAAUGCUUUCUUACUUCCAGCAGUGUUGACUCAUCGUUUCCAACCGUGACCCUUUAUUUUAUGGGUGGUGUUGCGAUGACGGUUAAGCCAGAGAACUAUCUUUUGCAGCAGGCUUCUGUUGACAACAAUGUAUUGUGGUGCAUUGGCUGGCAAAGGAACCAGGGCCAAGAAAUAACUAUACUCGGAGAUCUUGUCUUAAAGGAUAAGAUAUUCGUGUACGACUUGGCGAACAUGCGCAUGGGCUGGGCCGAUUACGACUGUUCGAUGUCGGUGAACGUCACCACGUCGUCGGGGAAGAACCAGUACGUGAACACCGGGCAGUACGACGUGAACGGCUCCACGCGGCGCGCGUCGUACAAGAGUUUGAUACCAGCCGGGAUCGCCGCCAUGGUUGUGCAUAUGCUCGUUUUCGGCGGCGGCGUCUCGCGUAGAUAGCAGUGCAGGCCGGCUAACUGACAAUGUGAUUCGAUUCUUUAUUGCGUUGGUGUAUUCAGAGCUGAGAGACGUCGCCGUCCCUGCUGCCCCUAGUCAGUCGCCAGUUCCACGGGCGGAGAAGAGCUGCCAUGACCUGAGCAUUCUUACUGUACAUACAGAAAAUGAAAGGUCCAUUGUUCAUGGAGCACGGCAUCCUUUCUCUAAAAUUGCAGCCCCGUUCUUCCGCC